CGCACACGCGGAUGUCAACAGUCGCGACGGUGCAACAACAGGUUGUUUUACUAGUUGUUUGUUUGAUCGAUUGCACUAUUGAUUGCAGGUAGUGGAGUACGGAGACAACUAUGUUCUCGAGAUCUUCUGCCUUCCUUCGCUCCCAGGUUGGGAAGCGAAUGCUGCGAAAUGCGCAGCAACAAACCCAUCAAUCACAAAAACGCUCCAUGGGUGGAGGCGGAGCGUAAGUUAGUUUCGGAACAGAUCUUGAAGAGAGUGUGUCGUCACUUCGGUGCUUCUUGUCGCAAUGGAAUCUUUUCUCGGCAACGAAAUGAUACCAAUGAUUCAUACCGGCCUCUUAUGUUUUGUCCUGAUUUUUUAUUUGUUUCGAACUAAAUUAUAAUGCAUUCGUUGUGUUGGCUGUAACAUCGCUAUCGUUGAACGAAUACCGUGCCCCGCAUUUCUGAUCCGYGUUGUACCCUAAAAGCUACAUGCAAACAAAUGAAUUCGGUGAGCGUCUGGGCGAAGCCUUCGGUACCAUUGCCUGGCUGUGGGUAUUCUGGAGAUUUAAGCAGGACGGAAAGGUCUUGCUGGGAAUGGAACAUCCCUGGGACCACGGACACUCCGGAGGCGACAUUUACGGUAGCGAGCUUCGCGUUCAGGGCCUGACGCAUCAAUUCCAAGUUAAGAAACAAACCGAAGAAGAGAUGAUAGCCAACUGGGACAAAUUUAACGAGAAAUCCAUUGUUCCUGGAGAAGAUGACGAUGAUGACGACGAUGAGGAUGACGAUGAUGACGACGACGAUGASGAUGAAGAUGAUGACGAGGAAGACGAUGAUGACGACGACGACGAAUAAACAAGGGGUUGAUCGCUUCCAAACUUCAAAUAAUAGUAGAGUCUCCGACAAGGUUACUCGAUAUCUUUCAAAAAUGCAGCUAUAAUAGAUAUGAACUUGCAUU